AUUUUCUAAAUUUUGUUAAAGUUAAAAGAAUUCCUCACAGUCAUUAAGAAGCUUUUACUUCAGGUUGUAAAAGGGAAGCGUUUACUGAAUCGCAUUCUUCCUUGUACGCGGUGGUGCAUUGCGCAUCAGCGCAAGGGUAUUUCCCGUUUCGAGUCCCGACAUACCCUGAAGCAUGCCGAGUGGAAUGCACCGCGAGAACGCCGUGGACGUUCUCUUCGACGACGGGAUGAUGCGAUACGGACGCGUCGUGGACGUGGCCGUCAACGGGCUCUUCGUCAAUCUGCUCUGCCCCAACCGACGCCGUGAAUUCGUCCCGUUCGACCGUCUGUUCGUGCUGAGCAAGACGAGCGAAGCGGAACUGGCUGGCGUUUUCUCGAAGAAAUCCUCGAAAAUUCCCGUGGAAGUGCUGGUAGAGGAGACUCGGUUGGGCCCAUGGAUUUGGAUUCCUGGCGAAGCAGUCAGUUUCGGAUGCGGGAUGCAGCACGGCAUCGUGGCUAAAUGGCGACGUCCGUGCAACGGAGAAGCGUGUACCGAUUUCGUACCCAGCGAACGGAUCCGCUGGACAGUGCAGACGGAGCUGAAUCGGCGGCGGUUGGCCCACCUUCAGGGAACGGCGUGGGCUGAAAGCGGAAGUUCUUCACUGGAUCACCACGCAGCACCCGAUCAUGCUGGACCAGGAACCUUCGUCAAGCAGACUCUACAGUUGGACGACGAAUUUCGCUCCCUGUCCGCUGAAGAAACCGCGGCGCUCAUGAAGCGGUUGAACGGGUGCGAAGUGGAUUUCUUAAACUGCACGGUUGCCGUCGUCGAUGUGGUUGACGGCGGAGUGGUGUACAUUUGUCGACCGGAUCACUCCCAUCGCGGCGAUUCCUGGACUCGGCAUGUUCUGGCGGCCGUCGCGAGUUUUGACGAGGAGAUGGUCAGCGGGUCAGACCUAACGCACGAAGUCCCGACAACGAACGACCAGAAGCCGCUUCCCGGGGAAUUAUUCAUGGAGGUCUUCUCCUACCUGGACACGGUGACGCAGAUGGCGCUGCGCGCGGUCUGCGCAGCGUGGAACGCGAUGCUGGAGGAGCCAGUGUUGAGCGGCCGCAUCACGAUGUCUCUCUUCGACUACACUGCAUCGAAGUGGCGAUUCCACCGCUACUUACCCGUGGCGGCGGUUUAUAAGCGCCUGCAACUGGGCACGCAGCACAUUACGAUGACGCAUUCCGGCCAAAGAGACUGCCCGGCGCCGAACGCCGCCAUCGAGGACGCAGUGCAGUUGUGCGCGAUGAGCAACUUCGUGACGCAGCUGCGCACCGGCAUCCGCCUGCGCCGUCUGCACCUGGAUCACUUCUACUGGGACCUGUUGAUUGACGCCGCGGCCGACUGUGCUGGCGCCACCGAGUGCGUCCUGCACCAGAUUGAUCCGGCGGCGGUGGAGACGGUGGCGCAGUGGGAUCUGCACCAGCUGCAGGAAUUCAUCGGCGUCGGCGGCAGUUUACCGUGCAGCACGCUCCUCCUGACCAACGGCGAGGUUAACUUGGUGUGCCCGUUCUUUUUUCUCGAACGCGUAGAGACAGCCAGUGUCACAGUGGAAAUUCGUACAGUGCCACUGCCGAUUGGUGCGGAUUUCGGCUGCGCGUUGUGGGAGGCGAUGGACGCGCUGCUGCCGGUGCCGGAUAAGCAGAAAGUGGAGGAGCUUCUGCAGCGGCUGCAGCGGGAGCAAGACCUGCAGCAAGUCGUCUGCAAAAUGCUGUGCACGCUGCACUCAGCUGAUCCGCGUCCCUCAGCGCACUACCACGGGAAGCAGUGGUGCGAGGACGGCUUGCGGGAUUUGCAGCUGGAUAAACUGUCGCGCAUCGCCCGCCACUUGCUCGUUGAUCUGCACAGAGUGACCUCCUUGGCUGGCCGGGAAGCCCUGCACGUUUGACCAUUUGGCUGCCGUCGAUAAGCGUUAGCCAUCCCAUGUACAUGUACAACCAUGUAUUUAAAUAUAUGCAUCCGCAUCGUCGAUUAGCUGCAUCUGUUGUAGUCCGUGCAUCUGUUUUGUAGCUCAUAAAUAUAAUUUGCCUCCUAACUUUUUUC